GGUGAAGAGAUUGUUUGAUAAAUCUCCAAGGAAAUAAGGAGAAGAUCUACGUGUGUUGUAUGUUGUAUUGAAGGAAAUUCUUAAUAGUAUAGACUUUAUUUAUAUAUUGUAUAUGUGGAAAAUUUUAAAGAAUAUUUCCACUCUUGAUUAUGUUUUGUUUCUAUAAUCGAUAUACUGUGUCUGUGAUUUAGAACAAUUACGAGAUAACAUCUUUUGGGUAUGUCUAAAUACUUCUUUCUAAUUAGGAAAAAACUCUAAAAUUUAAAGAUAGAAACAUGGACAGCUGGCAUCAGGAAAUAGGGUUCUUUUGAAGUUUUCAGACAUCAUUGUAAUGACAAUUAGUCUAGAGUGAAUUCAGAAGAGGGGGUAGGAAGGCUUCUUAAAGAAUGGACCAUUGACUUCUAAAUCCAUUAUGUACCUCUUUCUGCUUCACUGCUUUGUUUGUUGGCCCUGGAGUGAAGUAAAGAGGACAAGUGCUGCCUCUUCAGAUUUUUAAAAUACUGCGUUUUUAGUGUAAUUGUGACAAGGAAAUAUAUUAUUAUGUAAGAAGUAAAGUAAUACUUCAAAAUUUGUGUUAUGAAGAGCUGUAUUGGAUUAAAAUCUGGUAACAGUUGUGUGGUACUAUAACCUACUGGAAAAUGGCAAGUUUCCUAGGUGGCAUAAUUUUUUUUGUACUUUUCAGUGUGUGUUUUUUAUUUCAAGUGUUACACAGUUCUCUGUGUUUUAUCUUUUUCUUUUUAUCAUUUGGCUACUCAUUAUAUGGAUUUUAAAUAUAAUUGGAUAAUCUGCAUAAUUGAAUAGUAUAUCUCUUAGAUAAAACAUUAACUGAUUUGCUUUUACUCAGGUGUAGCUUCUGCCAUUUUUUUUUUGGUUAUUUUGUCUUCAUGGCCAUAAAAAAGUAUUUAUUCAGUGCUGAGGGGACUGAUACUGCUUCUUCCCCCCCCCAUAGAAAAACAAAGCUCAUUUGCUUUCAAUGAUCUAAUUUCAGUAGAAUUCUUUAGUAGACAAUUUCUUUUUCAUAGCCAAUUGAUUGGUGGGAGAAAAUGGACCAUUAUGCUAGAUAAGAAGGUUUUAGAAUGGUUGAAAAUAUCACUUAGUUGUAUAAACUAAAUGUAGUAUAUUUGGUAAACACUACAAACACUAAGCUAAAAUGUAAUGUCUUAGAUAUGCUGUCCUUCGAAAGUUUGUUCCUGUGAGUGUAGUUUUGUAGAUGGCUUUCCUUGUCUCUGAAACUUUCCUUAUGCAUUAAGAAAGUUUACUAACAUAUUCACAUUCAUAUGUUUGAAAGGUAUAUUAUGAUGAAAAAAAUCAAUGUGGAAUUGUGAAAACCUUAGUACAAAUAAAAGCAUUCAAAAGAGCUUGAUUGCAGAAUUAAUAACGUGAUAGUUCUAGGAAAAGAGCUGCAAUGGUAAAUUAAAUUCACUGUCAAUAGAUGAAAAUGAAAUAGCUUUUUUGCAUUAUACAUGAGGUGGUAUCAGAUGUGCAGGGAUGUUACAGAAAAUUGGUGUUUAUCAAGGAUAUUCCAAAUAGUAAAUUAAAUGCCUUUUCAUUUGAAUAUAGUUUAUUUUCAGUGGGUUUGAAAGGGUGCACCGAGAAUUAGAUCUUUUGUUUUUAGUCCACUUAGUUAUACAUUUUUUUAUUACAUUGAAAUUGCUUAUUUUAUUUAUAGUUCUGAAGCACGUUAUUCAUAUAGAACAAGAAUAUCCGUUGGAAAAAAUGGAAAACUGGAAUGCGUUGAACAAAAUUUUGUGUGUGUAGUGACGUAACCUGAUCAAAUGUGAUUUGAAAUGUCUGGAUAAAAGAAGGCUUAUACUCUGUCUGUAACAGGUGGAAACCAAGCACACGCUAUGGAAUUAAUUUUAAGGAUAAAGUAAAGCCUUGUAAUUAAUAAGAAGUUGUAUUAAUUCUGAACACUUUAAUUUAAAUAUGGUAUUACUGGAUUAUUCCCUGUUCAGACAGAUACAUCUCUCUUCUUCUGACAGACUUCAAUUUUAAUAGUCUUUCUGUUCACACUUGACCACAAGCCUGUGGAAUUAUCUAAGGUCCUGGUAUUCUUCAACAUAACAGCCUCUGAGCUACUUUCAACUUCUCGCACUCAGAUAUAUUUAAGGGAUACUUACCUGCUCAUCUUAGAUGAACCAAAUUAUAAAACUGUGAUUUCUUAUCGCCGAGUUCUUACAGGAUUAUGCAGUAAUUUGGAAGCCCAUUUUUGUGUUUCAUAUAUGUAUUUAUGACUCCUCUAUUAGAGUGAACAUGCCUGAUGUUUAUUUCAUCAAGAAUCUUUCUAUUUCUUGUUUGGUAAGACAGUGUAUUUGGGGAAAAGUAUACUUUAGUUGUAUAACCUAAUGGAUUUUCUCAAAUUACCUAAGUUUCAAACAGAAUGUAAUUGUGUUCGGAAGGUUUAGUUAAAAUACUGAUGUAUUUAACACAGACUUUCUUUAGGAUGUAUAAGCCAGUAUACAGACACACUUUGGGGAUAUUUUAACAAAUUUCAACUCAAAUGUAUGUCCAUUGUUUUUACUAUAGCCAAUAUAAUAUACUCAUAUUUAUCAUAUUUGUGAAGUUUUUUGUUUUUUGUGUUUUGCUCAGCUUGUAUCUUUAAAAUAUCUUAAACAACCUCGCCUUUCUGAGUAAUUUUUAAUAUUUAUGGUUGAAAUCAAAACAUUUUUUGCACAUUAAUUGGUGUGAUUUAGAAUUUGUAGAACUGUAUAUUAUAUUGUGUAUUUCAGCAUGGCAUAGUAAAUAAAAUAAUUUGGAGAGAUUGAGGAUUGUGAAAUGAAUUUUUUAAAUUACUGUAAUCAGAAAAGAUGUAUGAGUAGAUAUACUUUUGCUGUGUAAUUCAUCUUUUUAGAAAUCUAAAUCUUACAGGAUACUAGUUAUUAUCUGUGGUUUAUGAAUAUAUCUUUUUUUCUUACUUGAUUAAAGCAGCCUAUUUAUUUACAUAUCUUUUCUAUAAUUAGGUUAACUAAAGUUGUUGCCUUGUAGUAAAAAGCAGCUUUCUCAUUUUUGGGGAAUAUAUUACUGUAUGCAUUUUCAGAAUGGCGAUAGUGUUCUUUUAUUCUUUUAUUUGGCAUCUGAAGAUGUGUUUAGUUUUGUUAAUAAAUAGAUUGAUUUUAUAUGUUAAAAUAAUGCAUGGUUCAGGUAGAUAAUCCAAAAAACUUAUGGAAUACAUUAUUGGUUGGGAAUAGUAAAGGAUUUAUAAAAUAUAUUUUUUCAUGUGUGCCUUAAAUUUUAGAACAUUUCAUAAUGCACCUAUUGUUAUUCCAUUGUAUGACACUAGAGAUCUUCAUUAUAUCCACCAAACAGAAAUACUUCACUGUAAUCGCAGCAUAUAUUAGUGUGUAUCUUACACUUUCUUCGUAUUUAUGGCUAUAAAACUGGAUCACAUUUGAUGUAAAGUAUUUCCUUUUAUGGUCCUUAAGUUAAAAUUUGAACUUAUAUCCCUAGAUUUAUUGUAUCAUAAUCUUAGCAUUGCACAACUUGGGUGAUUUUUUUUGUUAAUCACAAGCCAGUUAUGUGUUAAAUUUUUAAAAGUCUUGAAAAAGAAUGUAAGUGCAUUUUUCUUUUAGUGAAGGAAGUACUCAACACUGCCUUAAUUUUGACAUGGGGAAAAUUCAGUGGCCAAUUUAACCUUUAGGAUCGAGACUGUAUAACAUAAGAAUGAUCAUUUUUUUGGAAAUGAGAUGAGUUAAUAAAGUUUUAGAAUAGAUCACUUCUUUUGUUUACAUUAUUGAAAGAAGAGAAUUAUGGUGUUGGUAGUACAAUGGGAAUACUUUUGUCCAGCUUUUAAAAGUUGCAGUCCAAACACUUUUCUUUAAUCUUAGAUGCAAAGCAUUUUAGAAAUUUAUUGGUAUGUAUUUUAAGGAAAAAUUAGUAGAUACAUAAAAUUGUAACAAGGAAAAAUAAAAGUAGUGUAAUUUCUAGUAUUGUUGAGUUUAAUAUGAUGGUUAUGAUUACACUGUGCUAUCCCUUUGAUUUUAGUAUGAUCAAAGAGUUGCUGGCAUGUAAUGUGCUUUUCUUUAAAUCUUCAAUUUGUAAUAUUUAUAUUUAUCAUAUUACCUGUUGUUAUAUUUUGUCUCUCUAUACCCUUAGUUGAAGGAGGAACCAUAAUCUUUCAGUUAGACAUUAGUAUCUCUCUGAAAUUUGCUGUAUUUUUAAUAUUUUCUCAUUUUAAGAAACAGGAAAUCUCAACAUAUGAAGGAAUGUUACUGGCAUAGCACAAUCUAUGUUAAAAUUGUAGAGUCUGAAGAUAUAGUUUUGAUACUUAACUCCUGUAAACAAAUGUUUUAUAGCAUAAGAUUUUUAGAAAAAUUGAAUUAGCACUAAAAGUCUUAGGUAUUCUAUUUAUUUGAUUUUUUUUUCAUUCUGAUGUUAUAUCUUCUAUCAUUGAUUUAGUAAGUUGUGGAACAUCAUUUAAAGUAUUGACGUUUUCAUGAAUUAUAUUGUAUAAUGUCACUUUGAUAUUAGCUAUUUGAAGCCUUCUGGAUUUUGGAAAAAUAGCUCAUUUAAAUUUGUGACGUUGUAAGGAAAUUCAAUAUGUCUAACAAUAUUGCCUUGCAAAUAUCACCCCCCAAAGCUUUCAAGAAGAGUUUAAACAUAGUGAAUAUAACCAGUGAAAUAGUUCAAUAUUUAUGUAUGGAAGGUGUUUUGUAUAAUAUAUAAGAGGAAAAACAAUCUGUGUCUUGGGAACUCUAAGGAAUAUGUGGUAUCACUAAAAAUCUGAGCAAUAAACACCCAUCAAAAACUUGUCUAUUUUAUAGCUAUUUUGUUUUGUUUUGCUCUGGCUUAAGCAAAUUAAUUUUUAAGCUUCUAAAUAACACAGAUAACAUUUAUUGAACAUAAUUAUGCCACUUGUUACCUAAAAUUCAGUACCUAAUAAAACUGUUUUUUACCAUAGAGUUUAGUCUUAGUUGUUUUCAGUUUAGCAGAGUUGUUUUAAAGCACUUUUAUGAGCAAGUGCAGCUUUUCAAAAUAAAAUUGGGGGGACAAGGGUGGGAGAUUUGUGCUUGAUUGCCAUCUCAUUUCCAUCUUUGGAUACAGCUCUAGCAUAAAGUUAAACAACAUCUGCAGAGAUCUGACUGACAAACAUCUCUCUGGGACUCAUCAUUGCAGCCUGCAGCAGGUGCAUUCAGCUUGCAGUCUUUUCCAAAAAGAGGUUAGUUUGUUCUAACAUUUAUCAGUAGACCAGUGGGAGCAAGUGACUAGAGAGAAGAGGUUGGUUGUCACUUGUCCAGUGCUGGAAUACUACAGGUAAUUGGACUGGACUGGUGGGAACUGCAGCAGCGUGUGUCUCACAUUGCACUGCAGCUGCUAUGGGGCUUAAUUAACCUGACCCUCAGAGACUGAAGUGUCAUGGUAUAAAACACAACAUGCAAGAAACGAAGCAGUAUUUUUCAGAUACUUCCUGGUGUUUGAGUUGGUGAAAUUUCCAUUUUCUUCGUCUCGUUCUUAAAAAGAUAUGGCAUAGGCUUUUCCAUUUUUUUAUAUGCAAAUAUUUGAAACUAAAAUGAUUUUUAUGAAUCUGAUAGAAUCCACACAUGUAAAAAGAUGUUGUAUAGAAAUAGAAAGAAAAUAAUCUUAAGUCAGAAGUAUUUAACUUUACAUAUUCCACAAGUACUUUUUCAAAUCAUGAACGAGCAGAAAACAAGUGGAAGUACAUUGUAAUUUUUUAAUUAUCAUUAUCGUAGCUUAACAUUUGUUUAUUUUCAAACAUAACCCAUGUAAAAUUAAGUUAUAUCAUUUUAGCGUGUUAGAGGCUUUGGCAAGCAAGCUUUGCUGAGUGCUUUGAAGUGUUUCAACAAACAAGACAGGUAUAGCUUAAAAACUCAAAAAAAAUUAAUCUGUCAUUUAUUUCUAUUGUUUGAAAUUUCUUAAUCUGUUUGAAAUACUGACUUACAAUAUGCUUCCAUGACAUAUAUAGAAGUUUCUUACGUUUUCUAAUAGUGUUCCCACUUAUUGUAGGUGUCUAAUCACAGUGCUGUUUAUUAAUUGGCCCUUGAAUGGAAAAUAACUUGCAAGGUAAAAACGCCUUUAAGUUAAAUACGGCAAGUGCUAUAUUACUUUAAAAUAAUUCUGAAUUAAAAAAUAUAUUUGGAAUCUUGUGAAGGAGUUUUAUAGUUUUGAUUUUUCUCUCAUUUUUACUGAUUUGAAUUUUUUGGUCUUCGUUGAAUAUAACCUGUCAAUUACCAAAGAGGAAUUAAGUUUUGGAGUUUGCACAGAGUUUUUUGUAACUUAUAUGCUUUUAUUGAAGGAAUUUUUACCAGUAUUGCCAGUAACUAUUGGAUUCUGAAGUUACUGCUUAUAAGAAAUCUUUUAAAGUUUAUUUUAAUUGAAUUAUGUAUAGUAGUAGUUUAUUGGUAGUUAUAGUAAUCAUGGGAAAUAAGAUUAAAAUAAUCAUCACUAGAAGUUAAUAUAAUCAUUCCCGUACUUUUAAGCAUAUGUUAUUUUUCAGUCAAGACUUUCCAUUUUUGAGACCUUGGAUCUUUGUUUUCUUUCCAAUUCUUAUCAAUAUAGAAAUGAUUCUUUAAAAUUCCACAUAUAUACUGCACCAUCAUUUUUAAUUUUUUUUAGAAUUUGGUUUUUACGGAUAUUUAUGUAUGUGUAUAAUUUUAUACUGACCGACUCAAGUUUUUUUGUUGUUUUUUUUUUUUAAUUUAUUUGUUUUUGAGAGGGAGAAAGAGUGCACACAGGGAACAGGCAGAGAGACAGGAAGAGAGAGAGAAUCCCAAGCAGGCUCUGCACUGCCAGCGUGGAGCCUGAUGUGGUGCUCGAACUCACAAACCCUGAGAUCAUGACCUGAGCCGAAGUCGGAUGCUUAACUGACUGAGCCACCCAGGUGGCCCUUUAAAUUUUUGAUAAAGAAAACUGAAUAAAAAUAAACAUUUAAGACUACAAAGUAAAAAUGAAAGAAUAUUAUAUACACUGAUGAGCUUUUGAGAUAUUUUCCGUAUUCCCUGAGUUUCAAACUACUAUAUGGAUAUCCUUUCCCAUAACAAAACUUGGUCAUGAAAACAUAUAAUAUCUACGUUCCAUCAUUGAUCUUUUGCUGCUUCCUGCAGGGCCUGUCAUAGCAUCGUUGACAGGACCAGAUGAAAAAUGAAAUCAGUAUCUUGAGUUUUUUAACAGCAAAAUGAUUCAGGUACUCUUGUAGUCAGUACAUGUAUUAAAACCAUUUCAGAAAUGAGGUUACCUGACCUAAGUCAUGCAGCUGUAACUGAAGAAGGUUGAUCUUUAUACAGAUUGAUCUAUCUGACUCCAGAGUCCAUGCUCUACAUUGUACAACACUGCCUGCGUGUACUACUGAACGAGUAUGUUUGAUCCAGGGAACAGUUGAAGCACUGAAUGCAGUUCAUGGAUUCAUUGCAGAAAAAAUUCGUGAAAUGCCCCAAAAUGUGGCCAAGACAGAACCAGUCAGCAUUCUACAACCCCAGACCACCGUUAAUCCAGAUCGCAUCAAACAAACAUUGCCAUCUUCCCCAACUACCACCAAGUCCUCUCCAU